GCCCGUCGACCGGGACCGUGACCGGGGCCGGCGGGGCACCACACUCUCGCUCGGUCGGUUUAACGACGGCAGCAGUUCGCCGCGAUCAGCCUUGCCCGAACGAACAAUAUAUACGCGUACACAUAACAUAAUAUAUUAUAUACCUGCGAGCAAAUAACACACACGCACGCACGCAAACACAUAAUAAUAAUAUCAUGUUAUUAUUUUGUACGUACAUCACGUAGGUAUAUAAUAUAUUAGCCGUGAACCAUAUAAUAUAACGGUCCGUUAAUUGUUGCCGUGUCCGCGAGUCAGAGACGCGCGCGAAUUCACCGCCGCCGCCGGAACAUCGUCGCAGUGUUUGCGAACCGCGCGCCGAGAGUAUACCGUACCGUUUGAGCGAACGCGGUCGUGCACGGAACGGUACACAUAUUAUAAGCACGGUACCAAGUGUCAGGUAAGCGGCCGCCACCGCCAGAAAACCACCGUCUGCUCAAAGACGAACACGGCGCGACGGAAGUGUUACAAAAUAUUUGUACACAUAUAUAUGACGUACAGUCGAUGUGGACAAAUAUUAUGUACGAUUGUCCACCGUUACCGUCAUCGCCGCAUUCGUUAGCGCCGCCGCCGUCACAGUUGUCGCCGUCGUCGCCGCCGUCGCGAUCGCUGCCCUGUCGUCGCCUCUGAUAUUUUACGUGUUUGUAGCGCAAGUGACAGCGUCGUAUACACACAUGAAGUAACGCCGUCCGCACCGCCUGCAACCGUCGUCACAUCAUAUAGGUACAAUUUAAUUUAUAUACCAAUAAAUAGAUAAAAGUAAAAACGGCAACUAUGACAAUGUUAUCGUCGCAAAAACUUUUGUACUCCGACACGGCGACCGCUGCGGCCGCGGCCGCAGCUGCUGCUGCCGCUGCUGUCAACGCGGCGGCCAUGUACGGCGGAAAUUCGUCGACCACCGGCGCCGGCGGUGGUGGUGGACCGUCGUCGACUCCAUCGCUGUGCUCGCCACCUCCGCAGUCACACCACCAACAGCAACAGCAACAGCAACAACAGCAACAGCAACAACAACAGCAACAGCAGCUCGUAUUCGGGAGCAGUGCCUCGGCAGCAGCUAACAUGCAACAGCAACUAUACGGUGGCAUGAAUUCCGCCGCAACGGCUGCUGCGGCAAUGUACGGUUUGAACGCUUCGGCCGCUGCUGUUGCCGCCGCGGCUGCAGCCGCUGGUGCCGGCGGUGACCCGACCGGCGCCGCUAACGCCGCGGCGCUACAACGGGUUCGAGCCGACAAAACGUACCGCCGGAACUAUACGCACGCUAAACCUCCGUACUCGUAUAUUUCGCUCAUUACGAUGGCCAUACAAAACUCGCCAGUGAAAAUGCUCACACUUUCGGAAAUUUAUCAAUUUAUAAUGGAUCUGUUUCCUUUCUACCGGCAAAAUCAACAGCGGUGGCAGAAUUCCAUCAGGCACUCGCUAUCGUUCAACGACUGUUUUGUUAAAGUGCCUCGGACGCCCGACAAACCAGGUAAGGGUUCAUUUUGGACAUUGCACCCAGACUCGGGAAACAUGUUCGAGAACGGUUGCUACCUGCGCCGGCAAAAGCGUUUCAAAGACGACAAAAAAGACGCUUCAUCGAUUCGGCAGCACGGCGACGGCGGUCACCACCAUCAGCAUCACGGUGGCCACAAUCACUCAAAGAGUUCGUCGCCCAUGCUACAUAGCGGUGGUGGCGGUGGCAGUCAACACCAGCUCAGCGGUCAACAUCAACUAAGUGGUGGCCAUCACCAUCAGCAGCACCAUUUAGACAUGGUGCUGGACAAGAAACCGUCGUCAUCGGUACCGCCGUCAUCGGCGUCGUCCUCAUCCGUACUCGCCGCUGCUGCUGAUCACCACCACCACCUACUUCAACUGCAACACCAUCAUAAUCAAAAAUUAGGUGCCGGUGGUGGUGGACUCAUGUCAUCGGCUGCUGCGGCAGACUUGGGAUUCGGUGGUGGCAUGCACCAUCAACACCAACAACACCAACAGCAGCAGCAACACGGCAAACACCAUUUGCUUCUGCACCACCACCAUACGCACGACCACCAAAAUAGCCACAACAACGGUAAUCACCAUGACAGUGACCAUGAUCACGUGCACCACAUGCACCACCACUUACAGCAACACGGUGGUGGCGACGAUGACUCGUCAUCGUCCAUGUUGGUUGGGUCAUUGCUGCAACAUCACCAACACCAACAACAACAACACCAGCAGCAACAGCAUCACCACCAGCAGCAGCAACACCAUCAGCAGCAGCACAGCCCUGUGGACAUUUACGCCGCGGCUGCGGCCGCCGCACAUCACAAUCACCAACAGCAACAGCAACACCAACAGCAACAGCAGCAGCAGCAUCAUAGCCACCACCAGCAACUGCAACUGCAACAGCACCUCAAGUCUGCGGCCGCAGCCGCAGCUGCCGCCGAAUUCGCCGCAUCCAACCAUCCAUUUUCAAUUACGCGACUGUUGCCGCCGCCGCCAACGGCCUCGGCUGCUGCUGCUGCGUCAGCGUCUGACAAACCGUCGUCAGCCGCGUCCGUGGCCGCAGCCACCGCAUCAUCCGCAACCGCUGCCUCAGCAGCCGAAAAAAUGUACGAAAUGGCAGCGGCUUCGCAGUACGGUACCACGGCUGGGUAUAACGAUUACUAUCACCCACACGCGCACCCACAUCAUCCGCAUCACCACGGGCACCCACAUCCACACCACCAACAGGCGACACUCUAUCACGCGGCCGCGGCCGCUGCAGCAGCUGCCGCAGCGGCAGCAGCCUCCGGUGGACCUCAAUCAUCAGCGUCGUCCGUGUCUGGCGCUGCCGCUGCUGCCGGAUCGUCAUCGCCGUUGUGACAUCACCAUCACCAUCAGCAGCUCCAGCAGCACCACCAACACCAAUACCCGCCACUUGUUUGAAAACGGCGUGGUCACCGGUGGGCCUUGCAGCAACAACAGCGGCACCAGCAAUAGUAAUUAUUUACGUUUUGCGUUA